CCUCAAUUUUAACGUUACUGGGUGGGAGGUAGUACCCCAUAUUACUUGAAUUGGGCCGGUUACUUGUAUGUUUGGACUUUGGAUACAAGCAUAUCUGAGUCUCUGACUGUUUUUUUUUACAAUUACUUCACGUAGGCUGCGGACAUUGAAGCCUCCCAGAACUUCCUUACACACAAGCUUUCCGUCGGACCUGACGGACCAUUGACCGCACUUCCAAAUCCGUUCAGAGUUGAGAUCCAAUGGAAAACUACUCAUCAAAGGGAGUUCCAACAAAUGGGUCUGUAUAUGUUUGUAAUUUACCCUUUGGAACAGAUGAAGAUAUGUUAGCCGAGCAUUUUGGCACAAUUGGAGUGCUAAAGGUAUGAGUUGCAAUCAGAAGGAUAAAAGAACUGGCCGGCCUAAAAUAUGGUUGUACCGUGACAAAGCAACAAAUGAGCCCAAGGGUGAUGCAACUGUCACAUAUGAGGACCCACAUGCUGCAUUGGCUGCUGUUGAUUGGUUCAACAACAAGGAGUUUCAUGGGUCCAUUAUUGAAGUCUUUAUUGCAGAAUCGAAAAGCAAGGAUGACCUCUCAUAUAACCCAGCUAGUCAGGUUGGAGACACGAACCUGGAAAAAAGUGGUGGGUUUGCUGGCAUGGAUGAAGGUUCCAAGGAUAUAAAUGGAGGGGGUGGACAUGGUAGAGGCAGGGGGGGUGAUUCAUCAUGGCAACAAGAAGGGGACUGGAUGUGUCCAAAUACAAGGUCUGUGAUGCAGUUAUUGUUGCUCUAAUGUGAACUUUGCGUUUCGCGGUGUUUGCAACCGUUGUGGAAGUGCUCGACCGGUUGGUGUCUCUGGUGGUUGUGCUGGGGCUGGUGGGCGAGGUAGGGGCCGUGGCAACAAUGACUCAGGUGCCCCUGGUCGAGCAGUUGGUGGUCCUCCCGGCCUCUUUGGUCCAAAUGAUUGGUCUUGUCCCAUGUGUGGCAACAUCAAUUGGGCUAAGCGCAUGAAAUGUAAUAUCUGCAACACUAACAAGCCUGGUCACAAUGAGGGCGGUGUGAGAGGGGGGCGUGGUGGAGGAUAUAAAGAACUCGAUGAAGAAGAGUUGGAAGAAACUAAGAGACGUCGACGAGAGGCUGAGGAAGAUGAUGGAGAAAUGUAUGAUGAGUUUGGAAACCUUAAGAAAAAGUUCCGUGCAAAAGCACAGCUACCUGAAACUGUCCAGAACAUCCCUGGUGUUGGGCGUGCUGGAUGGGAGGUGGAGGAAUUAGGGAUGUCUGACCGAGACAGAAAGGAAAGAAGCCGAGAGAGAGGAAGGGGGGAUAGAGAUGAGAGGGAGAGGCGUAGGAGCAGAAGCCGUGAUAGAGAUCGGGGAGGAAGAGAGAGAGAUCGAGAGCGGUCCUAUGACUAUGAUCAUCGUGACAGAGAUUAUGCACGUGACAACAGAGACCGGAGUAGCAGGUAUCGGCAUUAGUGUUGGCAGCAGGCAUCUGUGGCGGCAGGUAUCGAUGACGGACGUUUUUUUGCGGUUUGGGAUUAACGUAGUCUGAAGAAUAUGAUUAAACUUAGUUUCUAGUUUUUUUUAUCUAUUUUUUGUGUGCUUUUCCCAUCCUGUAUGUACUCUGGCCGUCAAUUUUGGCAUUUAUUUGGGGUGGGACUUGGGAGGAUCGGAUGAGGGAUGGGUAUCAAAGUUUUCUUCCCUUUUCAAGUUAUGUUUUUCUUUGGCGAUUGUAGUAAUUUAUUAUUAUGUUGGAAUAUCAUUUCUGCGAAUCACUACAAAACUGCUCUUUGCUUGAAGGGAUCUGAUAUUUGAGCCUUUGAGGGUUGCACACUUGCACUGCAUUAAUGCCAUGUAGCAAGUAGCAACAAUUAAUCCAUGAUCUCAAACUAUUUGUGGUCAGCUGUAUAAACGCGAAGAAUCUGUUUUUAAGUCAUUUGUUAAUAUACAUUCUAUGUUAAUUGAAGAUCUUGUAAAUGAGGCC